AUGGCUUCGCUGCGUCGGGCUGCUCCGCUGGUGUUUCCCGCCGUGAGCCGGCAUACGGCCACUGUGAUUUUCAUCCACGGGCUGGGCGACACCGGCAACGGCUGGGCUGAUGCCGUGCAGAUGUGGCAGAGGAAGCACCGGCUGGACGAGGUCAAGUUUGUGCUGCCAAAUGCUCGCAUUAUGCCCAUUACAGUGAAUCAAGGCUACCCUAUGCCUGCGUGGUUCGACGUCAAGUCUCUCGGUCCCACGGCUGGUGGGACUCUGGAUGCGAGAUCUCGCCAGGAGGACGAGGCUGGCAUUCUCGAGUCUCGCGCCUAUCUGUACUCUCUCAUCCAGCAAGAGGUUUCAGACGGCAUCUCGUCUGACCGUAUUGUGCUUGGUGGCUUCUCCCAAGGCGGUGCCAUGAGCAUCUUCUCGGGCCUCACGGCUCCCUUCAAACUUGGUGGUAUCGUCGGCCUGUCCUCCUGGAUGCUUCUCAGCCACAAGUUCAAGGAAUUUGUCCCAGAGUCAAACCCGAACAAGGAAACUCCCAUUUUCAUGGGACAUGGAGACAUCGACCAACUGGUUCUUUAUGAGUGGGGAUUGGCCACUGAGCAGAAGCUCAAGGAAUUCGGUUAUGACGUGAAGCUAGAAACAUAUGAGGGUAUGCAACACUCGGCCUGCAUGGAGGAGUUUGAUGACGUCGAGUCGUUCCUCGUAUCCAGACUUGCGUCGGGCAAUGCUUGA